AUGGUUGCCGAGGACUUGAAUGACCAGACUGAGGCUGGUGACCCGUCAAAAAGCCACCUUCUUGGUCGUUUCGGGCUUCGCUCCGGAACCAACAAUGGUGAAAGGAUGCUGCAGUUUGCUGAACAGAACCGACUGUUUGUUACCCACACACGCUUUCUGCAUCGUCACAAACAUCUACGUACCUGGUAUUCGAACGAUGGCCGUACCACCAGUCAGAUCGAUUAUAUUCUAGUUGCUUCACGGUUUCGCAACUAG